AUGAAGAAGAACCCUCCAACACAGGACGUUAUUCUUCAACGGUUACAUGGCCAUACGUGCUUCAUACCGGAUCUUCGGUCUCUGAUAAGGAAUGAACCCGGGGUCAAAAACAGCAACCAUACUUUAUUAGCACUAUGUGUUAAUGACUAUAUAGAUACUCUCUUGCCCGGAGAUCCAGCCAAGGCACGCAAAGUGAAAGCUUCUGAUUUCCCACUAUUAGCCUGUCUUUGGUGGCCACAUACAUCAUUCAGAAAGCUGCGUGUCUUGGCAUUUCUAGUUGUAUGGCUGAUUGUCUGGGACGACGAACUGGAUGGGGCAUCCCAGUUGACGGCGUACAACCUGAAUAUGGGUCAGCAGUUUCGGGACGAGACGCGUCAGUAUAUCGGUAGCAGUCUGGAAUUGAAUUCGGAACAAUCUGAUCAUAUUACCGACAAUACCAUUAUUUGCGGGUUUAGUCCAAUAGCAGAUUUCAUCCGAGAAGAGUAUGACGAAGAACAUAGGCUCACAUUGGCAGAAGAGAUCAUGUUUGUCAUCGACAUGUCCAAGGUUGAACAGGAAAAUCGUCUUGGAACCGAUAUACCGUCAACCGACCAAUACCUGGCGUAUCGGCUCGGAACAAACUUGAUGGGGGUGAUAUGCGCUGCAACAGAGCUCUCCACGCACCUGCGAAUCCCUCGAUCAAUGACACGUAGUCCGUUGGUGAAGGAUAUCUGGCACGAGACGAACCUUAUUAUCGCUGUCACCAAUGAUAUCCUGUCCCUCAAGAAGGAGAUUCAUAAAGGAGAAGUAUACAGCCUGAUACCUAUUCUCCUCAACCAGGCGAAAUCACCGCAAACCGCCAUCGACAUCUCAAUCCAGAUUCUCAAGGAUUCAUUUGCGGACUUGGACCGCAUUGAAGCUGAUAUUGUGGCAAGGUCUGAUCAAAUGCCUUUGAAAUUCUUAAUCGAAUCAUGCCGCCACUACUGCGCGGGCUUCAUUGAGUGGAGUCUUGUUACUCCACGAUAUAUGCUCUCCUCUCUCCCCAUAGAUCAGACAGGGGCUAUGAUCUUGAUGUUUUAG